AUGGCUGAGCCAACACACUAUAUACCCAACCAACAACAACCCCAAGAGUCUUCGCUGGAUCGAAGACCAAGGAGGUUUCUUAAUCCUUUAAUUGAAGAGAAAACUGGAGAUGCCUAUGGAGAAAGCAGCGCAAAGGGAAAGCGAGCUGAUACUUCGCAUCUCAACAUCACAGCAUGGCUAUCGCCCAUGAGCGACCACUUCCCUACUCCAAGGGGAGUGCAUUAUCUCGCUGCUCCGAUUCUUCCAUCAUCGCCGUCGUCAAUGUCAGCCGAUGAGAACUCGCCAACGUCAAUUUCGAAUUCAAACUCGUGGAACCGAGCUAGCUCGAUCACUGAUAGCACCGAUAGCACCGAGUUCGACGAGCUAUAUGAUCUCUAUGGCGUAUCAGACGACGAGGCACAACAGGGGCUGCGUCGUUCGUCGGCUGUACGAAAAUCUCGAACGACAUCGAUGCUGUUUGAGCCCGUUAUUCGAGGACCGACUCCUCUUGCCAUCCCGCCUACUAGAGAUGAGAACGAUGAGAUCUGGUCUGCCGUGGAUGAGCUCAAGAAAAUCACGUCUCCGCUUCCGCUGACUCCAUCUGCAAAUCUCCCAAUGUCGCCGGCACAGAAAGACUUCUUUGGCAAGCAGCAGGCUUUGGUAGUUCCCACGGUCUCUGCACCACCGUCUCUCGAUGGAAGCUUGUCUUCAGAGCAGCUCGCUACAAUGAGCUCUCCUCCAACCCCUGUGAUUGGCAACGAUGAAGCUACCACGGAAUCGACCUGGACAGGCGUGCAUUUGCAGCCCGGAGCAUUGGCAACUUUGCAUGCUUUGUCCGGCGGGGAUGAAGAUGGCAGUCUCGAAGAGGAGGAUAAUGAAGCUGUCCAGGCCGAUCAAAUGCAGCCCGCUCAGGCUCCAGAGAUGCAGCAGAACUCUCUCCGACUUGUUACCGAUUUCCUGUCUCAAGCAGCAUCGCGGGCAAACACUCGUUCGCCCAUCCUUGCUCGGCAAUCUCUUGCAGGACUUACCAGGCUCAGUAUCCCGUCUCCAGGUGGCUUCUUUUCCGGCCUGUCGCCUCAGAGCAGGAAUACCUGGCAUCCAAGAACCCUUACGCCAAUCGAGAUAAUCCCCACCACCACAACAGCAGAGCAGUUCUACCGCUGCCCCUGGAAUGCCGAUAGCUCUCCUGUUCCUCCGGUACCUCAGCGAGACGAAGCAGAGGAUUUCUAUCGAAGCGUGAGCCUUACAUCAUCUGCACCGGUUGAGCAUAUUGUGGAAGUUCGAGCCAGCCAGAUUAUCGACGAGGAUGAUAUGCCCACUGCUAGGCCCAUCAUCCACAUACCAACAAAUAAUGAACCGAGCGAGGCCAUGAAAUCUCCUUCUUCUCCUGAUGUCGAAGCUAUUCCAACUGAAAUUGUCGAAGAUUAUGACCCUAGCUAUGCCCGAAAGCAACAGCUAGAGGCCUUGUCAAACCUUGAUCGUACUGAGCUGUGGCUCAUGGCGCAGCGAGUAUAUCUUAAAGGCGUAGACACUGUCGAAGAUAACGGUGCUUUGGAGACGAUUGAAGAAGACUUGGACGAGGAGGAUGAGGACAUGGCCAAGUUGGAUAUCAAGCCCUUGUCUGAACCAGUGCAGAAGCCAGGCCAGAAGGACGCAGCGACAAAGAAAGUAGUUCGAUUUUCCAACAUCAUUACGACAACGGUGAUCGCAAAGAGCCUUCCUUCAAAGCUCCUUCGCCAGGAAUCCGCGUACUAUAGAGCGUUCCAGGACUACGUGGUCCGAACCCAGCUGAGCGACAUCUUUGUUUUCCAACUCUCCCGGUUUGAAGCCCUUCAGGCACAGAGGGUAGCACUUCGCUCUGCUCACCACAGCCAACUGCUUGGAAAGUAUCAGCUUAGCGUUCUCCCCCAGUCUGCUAAGAAGCGCCUGAGUGCAAACGUCGUGCGUGGCGAUGAUGUCCUGCUUGAUGAUCCGGAAACGCUACGAAAGGAGAAGGAGGCCGAAGCUAUGAAGCAGAUGGCCAUGGCCACUUGGCAUGUAGCAGCAAUGAAGUUUCUCAACGGCGGAAAACUCAUUUCUGCCCCUGUUGCCAAGCGACUGGCCCGGCUCUCACGACUGGGAUCAGGCAAAGAUGGCGUUGGCCGUGACCGAGCUAGGAUCUUGGAUCUCGGUGGUCAAGCUACUUGCGAUUGGGCAUGGCACUGUGCUCUUACCUACCCAAACGCCAAGAUUUACACAGUCACUACCAAGGCAGUUCGCCAAAUGUCCAACUCCAAUAUCCGAGGCCCACCAAACCAUCGCCAAGUUGCCGUUGAGCGGCUCACAAAGCUUCCCUUUGCAGAUAACCAGUUUGACUUAAUCUCUGCUCGUGAGCUCCACGGUCUGCUCAAGUUUAUUGGUGAAAACGGCGAGGAUGAGUGGGAGAGCUGCCUUCAGGAAUGUAUGCGAGUUCUGAAGCCUGGCGGCUACCUUGAGUUUUCCCUGCUCGACUCAGAUAUCAUGAACGCAGGUCCAUUGGGCCUUGCCAAGAGCGUUGAAUUUGGCUUCACCCUCAAAACCCUUGGCUACGACCCCAACCCAACAAAGUUGUGGCUAGGCCGACUUGCUCGUGCUGGUUUUCGCGAUGCUCGCCGUGCCUGGCUCUGUCUUCCCGUUGGAGCCAAGCAAGUCGUCAAGCCUCCUACUCCUCCUCCCAAAGACAACCUCCCAGGACCAGACGCUAAAGUCUGCCAGAUGGACGCAAUGGUUAUGGGAAGCACAGAUGACAUUGCCAACGUUUGCGGCAUUGCCGGUGGCUGGAGCUGGGAGAGGUGGCUUCUCCGAUGCGAGAUGGAGAAGGUCGCCGGCGAACUGAGACUUGUAGACACUGUCACCGCUAGCCCGGCUAUCAAGGAGGCGAGCAAGUGUCUGGAAGGAUCCAGAGGCGAAAUGUCGAACCCCAACAAUUGGCAGGAGGAGGCGAUGCGCCGUCUGCGUCAGAUGCAGACGCGGGGCGGCUAUCCCGGAGGACGAGGGCCUCAGAUGCCCAGAGGAGCGAAUCCCGCGCUGUUUGGAGGAAUUCUGCUGGCCGGCGGUGCUUAUCUGCUGUCGAACUCGCUGUUCAACGUGGAUGGUGGUCACCGAGCGAUCAAGUACCAGAGAUUAACGGGCGUGAGCAAGGAGAUUUACAGCGAAGGAACACACAUCAAUAUCCCAUGGUUCGAGACGCCCGUCAUCUAUGACGUACGAGCAAAGCCGAGGAAUGUUGCCUCGUUGACAGGCACCAAAGACUUGCAGAUGGUCAACAUCACCUGCCGUGUUCUCUCAAGACCAAAUGUCGAAUCUCUGCCCCAGAUCUACAGAACGCUUGGAACCGACUACGAUGAGCGAGUGCUGCCUUCGAUUGUGAACGAGGUGCUGAAGAGCGUCGUCGCCCAGUUCAAUGCCAGUCAGCUCAUCACCCAGCGAGAAAUGGUUGCCAGACUAGUACGAGAGAAUUUGUCGCGCCGAGCUGCGCGAUUCAACAUUCUGCUUGAUGACGUGUCUUUGACGCACCUCGCCUUUUCCCCAGAAUUCACAGCUGCUGUCGAAGCCAAGCAGGUUGCGCAACAAGAGGCGCAGCGAGCAGCCUUCGUCGUCGACAAGGCCCGACAGGAGAAGCAAGCCAUGGUUGUCAAGGCACAGGGUGAGGCUCGAUCUGCUGAGCUGAUUGGUGAUGCGAUCAAGAAGAGCAAGGCCUACGUGGAGCUGAAGAAGAUUGAGAACGCUAGGCUCAUUGCCCAACAGCUGCAAGAGUCUGGAGCGAAGAACAGACUGCUUUUGGAUGCUGAGGGUCUGGGUCUCAAUGUCUUUGAGGACUCAGAGAGGAAAUAA